GAAGCAGAAGCAGCAGAAGAAGAAGCAGAAGCAGCAGCAAGAGGGUGACCCAAGUGGGCGUGGUGAUAAUCGACAAUAAACAACACAGAAAACUGACGAUGGAGGGUUGUGUGCAUCAGCCUGUGGACUUGCAUGGUAUUCAUGAAGUCAUCAAAUAUUUGCCUUCGCCACUGCCAGUGAAACACUAUGAUGCUGACACAACUGAACCAAUUAGCUGUAGUCUUCAGACUUUGGAUGAGCUGUUGUCAUGGAAACAAAAUGAGGCGAACCCCUUCAAUGUGGCAGUGGUCCCAUUGGCAGCGCGAGAACCCGCACUGCCGAGUUGCUUACGGCGUACCUUGGUAUCUCAUGACAUGAUGGGUGGAUACCUAGAUGACAGGUUUGUUCAAGGUACAGCUGCAGAAGCUCCAUAUGCCUUCUACCACUGGCAAUACAUUGACAUUUUCAACUAUUUCACACACAACUUGGUGAGCAUUCCACCCGCCGUCUGGACCAAUGCUGCACAUAAACACGGAGUUCUUGUUCUUGGGACUUUCAUCACUGAAUGGGAUGAUGGAGCAGCGACAUGUGAGGCCUUCCUUCAAGAAGAGCGGUAUCGUGAAGUAGCUGAUAAGCUGGUUGAAAUGAGCUCAUAUUACGGCUUUGAUGGCUGGCUCAUAAAUAUCGAGAACACGCUCAGUGAUGCUGCAGUGAAGAAAACACCUUUGUUUCUGCGCUAUCUCACAAAUCAGAUGCAUAAACAAGUCCCUGGCAGCAUGGUCCUUUGGUAUGAUAGCGUCAUUGAGAAUGGAGCGCUACAAUGGCAGAAUGAAUUAAACCAGUCCAACAGGGUUUUUUUCGACGCAUGUGAUGGUUUCUUCACCAACUACAACUGGACAGCACAAAACCUCGAGUGGAUGACUAAUUACGAUCACAUCAAUGGACGCCAGGCUGACAUCUUUGUGGGGGUUGAUGUUUUUGCCCGUGGCAAAGUCGUAGGAGGGAUGUUUCAAACCCAUAAGGCACUGGAGAUCAUCCGAAAGCACAACUUUUCUGCUGCAAUCUUUGCUCCUGGUUGGGUGUAUGAGAUGCAAGAAAAAUCUGACUUUCGUCAUAAUCAGGAUAGAUUCUGGGCUCUUCUGAAAAACUACCUGUACAUUCAUCGUCCAGCGGUGAGGCUCCCCUUUGUGUCUUCUUUCUGUCAGGGCUUUGGGAAUGCUGUCUAUUGGAAAGGAAAGCAUGAAACAAAGAAGAAUUGGUUCAACUUGAGUGCCCAGGAAAUCCAACCAUGGUACUACCAUGAGCAACUGGACGGUGUUGGCUCGGUAAGGAGCCGUGGUUGCCCAGAGGAUGCCUGGAAUGGAGGCUCUUCGCUGCUCCUGGAUGGUCUCAUCCCUGCCACACAUACUUCUCCAGUCUGUGCCAAGAUCUUCUCUCUCCAUGUGCCUUUAUUCAACACACUGUUCAGCAUUGUAUACAAGUCAUCUUCUCAAGUCAUGGUUUCACUGGAGCUCAGGAUAACCGAUGCUGGUGUUAGUUCAGAGGAGCAUAACCAGGAUAUCGAAAUGAAAAGUGUGUCUCCAGUUCCCCUCGAUGAAGACCACGAGCUCAUUCAGCAGUUUCCUCAUCUACAUGACAAUUGGAAGAAUGCAAGUUGGACCGUCAGGUAUUCCAAGUUGGACCUACAAGGCUGUACUCUUCGAGAAGUCUGCGUUAACAUAAAGCUGGUUGGGCAGCCUAUUGACACGACUUUCAGCUGCAGAAUGGGAGAAAUCAUGUUCCUCGAUAUAGACAGUCUACACGAGGCCCCUGAGGUGCUUCAGGAUUUUUCUAUUUACGACAUUGUGUGGCUGCGUGGCGCCGGUGCAUCCCCAGACUCCACUACGUGCUGCUUAUUACUCAAUGCUACGCUAGAAUGGAAAUACCCGACGGAGCUUGUUCGGCACUUCAAGGUAUACUGUCGCCAGCUGACAGGUCCGAAUCCCAGAGUCUCUGCAGAUGAGCUGGUCGUGGUAGGCCGGGCAUAUUCCAAACUUUAUAGGAUCACUGAACUCCCAGUGCUUGAGCCCCCAGGCCGGCUGGAACUUCUGGUGGAGCCAGUGACUUGUAAGGGGGUCCCACUCCCAAUGAACUGUUGGGGAAGAAGAAGUCUCAGCUACACAGAGAUUGAAUGUGAAAAUGUAUAAAAAAUAUAUAUAUAUUUUUUCAUUUGAAGAUGCUCCUUUAACAGCUUUGACGAUGAAAUGUAAUAUUGUAUCAUGUAACCUUGAGACAAACCAUAAUCUGCUUACCGGUACUUUUAUACAGUGGUAAUAUUGAUAUAACAAAGAUGAUAAAUGUCUUACGA